ACACACACACACACACAUACACACACAGAAAUGUACACACACAUACAGACACAUGUAUACACACACAGGCACGUACAGACACACAUACACACAGAUACAUGUACAUACGCAGAAAUACACACGCACACAUGUACAUACAUAAACACACACACGUACAUGUACAUACACGCAGACGCAUGUACAGAUACACACAGACACAUACACACACACAAACCCCCCAUAAAAAGUUGCAGUACUUCGUUGUUCACUCACAGAUCCGGGUACUGCACUCUAGGGGGAGGCAGAGAGCACAGCACACACUCCUUGCUUUGCUUUCACUGCGCUCAGCUAUUGAGCAGUCUGAUGGCUCCCAGUGCCAAUGACAGAUCCGGCCUGAGCUCCGAGCCUGCUCAGCAAGACAGCCCUGGGGGACACACUCGGCCCCACCAUAAUUUCCACUCACCAUUGGCGAGCAGGCGAGUGGAAAUUUCAAGCCGUGCUCUAGCCUAUAUUUCCCUUUAUGUA